AUGGAUACAGGGGGGUCCUCCGGGCUGGCCAAAUCAGCCGCUGUAAAACUGUCCGAGAUGGGAGAAAGAACGAAACAGUUUGGCAACGCAAUGAAAGCCCCCGACCAUCAAAGACGGAUCAUUUUAGUGAUCGUCUGCGUGGCUCUUCUUCUAGACAAUAUGCUCUAUAUGGUUAUAGUCCCGAUUAUUCCCGACUACCUUGCUGAUUUAGAGCUUGAGCAAGCAGAGCACGUCCACGUAGUUAUACAUCCGAAUUCUUCAAUCAACAGCACAAUGAGCUCAGCCCAAGCUAAAAGCAACAGGGACAAUUUAGACGUCCAAAUAGGAGUACUUUUUGCGUCGAAGGCUAUCUUGCAGCUCUUGGUGAACCCUUUGUCAGGAACUUUCAUAGACCGCGUUGGAUACGACAUUCCACUCCUCAUAGGAUUAACCGUCAUGUUCUUUUCCACAUGCAUAUUUGCUUUCGCUGAGAACUACGCGACGCUGUUUUUUGCCCGUAGUUUGCAAGGUCUGGGCUCAGCUUUCGCCGACACCUCAGGAAUUGCCAUGAUAGCAGAUAAAUACACCGAAGAAUCGGAGAGAAGUAAAGCCCUUGGUAUCGCCCUGGCGUUCAUCUCUUUCGGGAGCCUGGUAGCGCCUCCCUUCGGGGGUAUCCUGUACGAGUUUGCCGGUAAAAGAGUACCGUUUAUCGUUCUCGCCGUUGUUUGCCUUAUAGACGGGAUUCUGCUCUUGACCGUGAUCAAGCCGUUCUCGAACAGGACUAGAGACAAUAUGCCGGUGGGUACCCCCAUCUACAAACUAAUGGUUGACCCCUACAUAGCUGUCGUGGCAGGUGCCCUAACAGUGUGUAACAUCCCCCUGGCCUUUCUGGAGCCCACCAUAGCCAACUGGAUGGAGAGCACCAUGCAUUCAACUAAGUGGGAAAUGGGAUUAUGUUGGCUGCCUGCUUUCUUCCCACAUGUUCUGGGUGUCUACAUGACCGUCAAACUGGCUUCUAAGUACCCCAACCUGCAGUGGUUCUAUGGAGCCUUGGGCAUGGUCAUUAUCGGGGCCAGCUCGUGCACCGUUCCAGCAUGCAAAACAUUCGGCCAGUUAAUCGCCCCGUUAUGCGGCAUAUGUUUCGGCAUCGCUCUCGUGGACACUGCCCUGUUGCCAACACUUGCCUUCCUGGUCGACGUGCGUCAUGUGUCCGUGUACGGCAGCGUCUACGCUUUAGCUGACAUCUCCUAUUCUGUCGCGUAUGCCAUGGGUCCUAUCGUGGCGGGGAAUAUAGUGCACAACUAUGGGUUUGUCCAACUCAACCUGGGCAUGGGCCUCGUCAAUGUCCUGUACGCACCGGCCCUUCUGCUGCUCCGUAAUGUGUGCCAAAUGAAGCCGUCCUACUCCGAGAGAGAUAACCUGUUGGUGGACGAUGAUGAACCCGAGGGUCUGUAUGAUACCAUGAAGAUGGAGGAGCGGAAAGGCAAGAAGAAGGGUUAUAGUUCGGCAGGGAACUGUUUGCCUGUUGUGGUGGUGGAUGAGAAUGGAGGGUUUGACCCGUUUAGAGCACAAACACGUGCCUCUUCAGAGGAAUCCUUUGGUCCAGAGUACAGUUAG